AUGGCUGGUUUCCGUUUGAUCGAUUUGGCAAAGCCAUUCCUACCAAUUUUACCAGAAGUUGAAAUUCCUUAUGAAAAGAUCUCCUUCGAUGAUAAGAUGGUUUACACCAUCUUCACAGGUUUAAUCUAUCUGUUUGCUCAAUUCCCAUUAGCAGGUCUUCGUAAGGAUGAUGUACCAGCAGUUAAUGACCCAUUGUAUUUUUUACGUGGUGUCUUUGCUGCUGAACCACGUACAAUCCUGGAAUUUGGUCUAUUACCUAUCUUUGCCAGUGGUAUCAUAUUACAAUUACUUGCUGGUUUGAAAGUUAUUAAAGUUAACUUCAAAGUGAAGGCUGACAGAGAAUUAUUCCAAUCCCUAACAAAAUUAUUUUCCAUCUUCCAAUAUUUUGUCCUUGCUAACAUUUUCAUUUUCUCUGGUUACUAUGGUUCUAACUUAUCUAUUGCCCAAAUGGUUGUCAUCAACAUUCAAUUAGUGAUGGGUGGUCUAUUUGCCUGUCUAUUGACUGAAGUCAUUGACAAGGGAUUUGGUCUUGGUGCAGGUGCUAUGAUUAUUAACACCAUUGCUGUUUCUACCAAUCUAGUCUCUGACACUCUAGGUGUUGCCCAAAUUACUGUCGAUGCUGAAGGGAACAACGAAGCACAAGGUGCUUUAGUGAAUUUGAUCCAAGGUUUAAGAGCUAAGCAUAGAACUUUGUUUGGUGGUAUAAUCUCUGCUUUCAACAGAGAUUACUUACCAAAUAUGACGACUACUUUCUUGGUCAUUGCUUUAGGUGGUUUUGUCUGUUACUUACAAAACUAUCGUUACGAAAUCGCCAUUAGAUCUACUAGAGCUCGUGGUACUAACCAAAUGUACCCAAUUCAAUUGAUUUACACUGGUUGUUUAUCAGUCAUUUUCUCCUACGUUUGUUUGUUCUACAUUCACAUUGGUGCCUUUAUUUUGAUUCAAAUUAUUGCUAAGAACAACCAAGAAAACAUAAUCUGUAAAGUAUUAGGCCAUUAUGAGAACGUUAACAAUAUUAUCGCUGCUCCAACUUUCCCAUUAUCGAUGUUGACUCCACCAAGAUCUCUUGUCGGUGGUAUCACUGAACAACCAUUAUCCUUUGUUGUCUACACUUUAUUCAUGGUUUCUACCGGUGUUUGGUUUGCUACUAAAUGGCAAGCCAUCUCUGGUAGAUCUGCUCGUGAUAUUGCUAGAGAUUUCAAGGAACAGAGUAUUACUUUGCUAGGUCGUAGAGAACAAAACAUGGCUAAGGAACUAGGCAAGGUUAUUCCAACUGCUGCUACUACUGGUGCAGCCAUCUUAGCUAUAGUUGCUGUUGCCGGUGAACUAUUAGGUCUAAAGGGUAAAGGUGCUGGUAUGGUUGUUGGUGUUUCUGGUGGUUUCUCCUUAUUAGAAAUCGUUUCCUUGGAUUUCCAACAAAAUGGUGGUGAAAGUAACCUAGGUAAUAUUUUACAAGCCGGUAUGGGUUUCUGA